AUGGGGCGUCAAGCCUCUCUUCCUCUGUCGCGGCUCUCCGGGCACGCCGGCCAGAUGUCCGCGGCGCGCAUCGCCAUGUUGUCGUCGGCGGUGCUGCAGUUCCCGUACGCGGUGCACAGGAUGGCGAGCAUCGAGCUGCUGACGAGCCACUUCGGCGGCGUGUGGAGAUUCUUGACCAACUGGAACGCGAUUGUUCAAGCACUCUAUUUUGGAAUUGCAUUGCUCAACGACUUAGCAGGCAGCAAUGAAAAAUCUCUGAAGAAACUGCCACUUUUAAGAAGAGUCCGAGAUUAUGUGUAUGCUGCAGUUGCAUUUCCUUUAGCCAUGUUCGUGGGCACGACGUUCUGGUCGCUGAUGGCCAUAGACCGGGAGCUGGUGUUCCCGAAGGCGCUGGACCCCUACUUCCCCACCUGGCUGAACCACGUCUUGCACACCAACAUCAUGCUGUUCGUGCUGCUCGAGAUGGCCACGUCGUUCCGCGCGUACCCCCGGCGUUCCACCGCGCUGGCCGGCCUCAUCGCCUUUGUCCUUGUCUACUUGGCCUGGACUCACGUGAUCUUCUACGUGUCGGGGCAGUGGGUCUACCCAGUGCUGGAGGUGCUGAACGUCUGGCAGCGAGCGGUCUUCUUCCUCGCGAUGAUCUUGUACGCCUGCGUGCUGUACCUGAUAGGGGAGGCCCUCAACUCCUACACCUGGGCCAAAGAACUGCAACAAGUUCAUUCCGGCAAGCAGCAUCAGAGAAAGAAAAAGUAGAAGUUAGAAAUAAUAAGCACAUAUGUGGUACAUAUGUGCUAAAUUUUGAUUAAUACAUUAUCAAAAUCUGAAUGGGAGAUGGUUGUUCAAGAAAUAAGGUUUUUAUUUUUCAUUAUGGUAUGUACUUACAUACAAGAAUUAGUUUGUAAACAUCUAUACUUAAAAGUUUUGUACAAGUCUAUAAUUUAGGUACGUAGUUUAUUUAGUGGGUGUGUGAAACUUGAAAUAUUUGUGAGCUUAAUUUUUCUGUCAAUCAUUAUCAUUGCAAUGUCUAGUACCUAAUUAACAAUCACAUGUGACAAUAAGAGCCUAAAAAUAUUUUGUUAGACUGUAUUUUUUUGCCAGUACAUCACAUUUGUUUAGAAAUAAUCAUUUCUUCUAGGUUUUUUUGUUAUUGUGUGUAAUGUUGCUGGGUGGUCCUGAUGGUCAUGGUAGUGAUGUCAAACUCAUUAACGGGAAUGUUCAUAGUUCAGCUAUGAAGCAUAUGAGGUGUAAUAAAGUAGCUUUGUUCCCAAGAGUUUCUGUAGAUAUAAAAUUAUUUCUUUAAUGAUCUGUCUCGGAUGCCGCGUUGGUUAUUUCAUUUUAUUGCCAUUGCUAUUAUUUGAAGGUUUUUAAAUUUACAUACAUAUCUAAAGAUCAUCCAAUAGUAGUUAAAAGUCACGCUAGUGCUUAAAAUUAUUUUCACUUCGUGACAACUCUAAAAUUACUUUCAGUAAAUAUCUGGUGAGAGAGUUUGUGAUCCAACUACAAUUGCAAGACAGCUUUCAGAGUAAAUUUACAGGAAAAUCCCUUAGUCAAUAGUAAUGCCAAGGAAAUUGAACAACUAACUUGAGAUGUGAGGCCAAACCCUAAGAGUGUGUUAUUGCAUAGGUACUGUGUUUCAAGUUGACUGCUUUAGCAUUUAAAGUUCAAAUUUUUUAACAUUCCAAAACAAAGUUUUUUCUUCAGGGAUCUUGAUGAAAUUUUUAUGUAGUUGCAGCAAAACUUUGGGAACAUUAUAAACAGUUUUUCAUGGCUAAUAAUGUGGUUUCACAAUCCUAAUGCUGUUUAAUUAAUGGAAACAGAAAUACAGCUAUGCAAAGUACAAAACUUAAUACAUAUUUCAUACAUGAUUUUGAAUUCUUAGAUAUGAGUUUUAAUUCUCAGGUCAAUAUUUUUAUUUUUAUUUUAAAGUUGUGUGAUGAUCUGUAGUGUUCUCUCUCAGGUACUGUUACUUAUUGAAGGUGUGAAUGUAUUUUUCAUGUAGGUUAAAGGAUACUUAGAUUGGUAAUCAACUUUGAAAUUUUUUUUUGUUAUUCUCUUAAGGGGUAUUAGACCCUGCCAUAUUGGAUUUUCACAUCUUUUUGCUAUGAUUCUAAUUUUGAACUAUUUAUCCCAAUUUAUCCCAGACCUUAUGUACCUUGUUGCAAACACACAUUUACUAACAGGCUCUAGUCUGUAAGCGGUGCAAGGAAAUAACUUAUUUCAUGCUGGCGACUACAACUAUCGUGACAAUCACACCAGUUCACAAGUGUUGACUUCAACAAGCAGCCAAAGCUAAGUACUGUGCCACGGCAAACCAAAAAAUUUAGCACGUAAGAUUCACUGCAAGCAGUAUCAAAAUAUUUGAAAUUUAAAGAUGGAGAGGCCUGAUCCCCUAACUUGCUAACAGCCACACCCACCAUACGUACACAUACACUAAAGUAGCAAUGUUUCUUUGAGAGUAUCGAUAAGUUAGUCUGUUAUUUAAUGAAGAGCAGGUUCUUUGUCUGUGACAAUUUUCUUUUACAAUCCACUCGUAUCACAUUAGAAUGGUUGCUGAUUUUAAAAUGUGUGGCUAAUUUGAAUUACAUUAGCAAUGUAAAGGUUAUUUCACCAAAUUUGAUUGUUCUACACUAGCUCAAGUAUCUAUCUAUCAAUUUCGGGAUUUUUUUUACCUGCGAAGUAUUAAACUAGUUCAAAUGACUGAAUACCAUUUAAACAUUAGCUUCGAGUCGAGAGGGCGUUGAAAUCUGACUUCACCAUGUCCCAGUAUGUUGUCAGCUGGAACAGAUUUAAAGCGAUGUUCAAUGUGAAUUCUGGUUGUUUAUCAAGAACGACGUGCAGGAGUUAAUGUCAGGUUAGCUGAAAUGCACUGCAUUGGUGUGGGUGAGGCUAAGUGAUAUUGCUGACCUCUGCUCUCCUGAUUUAGCACAUGCCAACUCAGCCGUGUCGAGGAAAUACUUUUUCCCCUUUGGAAUUAAAAUGGUGACCUCAAAUUUUCAUCGGUAAAAAAAUCUUUACAGUUAAUUAUAUAUAGAUUAAUUUAUGAUAUUUAUGUACUUUCUGGCUAUGUCUGUAAAUGCUUAGUUUGAACAUUUUUAUAAGUAAUUUCACUUACUUUUAACAUUCUUCUUGGAUGUGGCAUGCAGACAUAAAUUGUAAAUGGAAUAAAUUUUUAUGUCUUAAAUGUAAAUAAUAACUAAAUUUCUAUGGGGGAAAAAUGUAUCAAUAAAGUAGUUUAUGACACUCCUUAGCAGUGCAGAUUUCAUGAGUUAUUCAGUUAAAUUGUAAAGAAUAUUAAUAUAAUUAUAUCCAGUCCAUCAAGGGAUGGCUCAACUGUGAGCAAUUGCACUUUGAUUGGUAGCAUCGGUUGAUUCUCUUCGCACACUGGUUGGAUGCAAAUGUAGUCUCAAACAGUUUACAAUACCCAUGUAGCGACAGAUAAGUUCAUAUAAGAAUAACCUGCGGCAGCAUGAAUGUUUGGCUUUUAUGUUUCAGCAGAACAUUUAUCGACAUGUUAGAGCAGCAGUGUUUGAAUGAGAGUAUGUGAACAUAAUGUAAUUGGCGUGGUCAAACUGUCAUGUUACAAGAGUAAAUUACUAUAUCAUGUAGUUUGUAAAAAGAAAUUGACUUGUCUGCAGACUUUUUUCGUAGUGAAUUAGGAAAAAAAUGGUACAAUUUGCAGAGAAAUGUAAAAAUAGGAAAAUAAUAAUAAAAUAUUAUAGUUUUUUAUAGGAUUAUUGAAUACUUUAUUAAAGUGAAAACAAAAAAAACUCUAACUCAACUAUUAAAGGUGUGUGAAGUGUUACAUAUUUUACAGAGUCUAUUGGUAUGUGUGGCUGUUUAACCAAAAUAUAAAAUAAAUAAAUAAUAAUUCUGUUAAUCAAUAGUGAAACACAUUUUUUGUUUGGAAAACUUAGUACGUAUACUAUAUUUACUACAUGUUUACUAUAAUGGAUAAUGUAAUACUAGACUCUACAGUAAGUUAAAUCUUCAUUUGUAAUAUGUAAGUAGGCCUACAAAUACAAACCACAUGAUGAUGUUAGUGUACGGUAGUGUAGUGUACUUACUAUAGUGUAAAGGUAGGUUAACUGAAAAAUUAAAUUCCUUUAAUACGUAAAUAAAUUCCUAGUGUGGUGGAGUUAAAUUGAACUUAAUUGCAUAUUGUUACAUAAAUAGAUUUUAAGCUCUUUGUAGAAAUAUUAUUUUUCCAGCAUUCAAUAUUUGUUUUUGGGGCAAAAGCUUUGCUGAUUGUUUUAUUUUGGUUAAUUAUUAUAUGCUUUUAUGUUGUGGUCAAUGUUGUAGGUCUUUCAGAAUAUUUUAUAUGCAUUAUUUAUAUGUAUUUUAUUUUUCAGUGAUAUUUUUGUAAAAAGAAAUUAAUUAACAGUACAGUUAUUAUAAUAUUAGUACUAUUCUCAUUUUUUUUAGAAGAAUUAUGUGGUUGUGUCAUUUAUGUAUUUUUACACAAUGCACCUUGACAGAGUGAAGUUUGUUGUGAACACGUUUUCAAAUGUACACAGUGUGUGUACCAUUCUUGCCAACAUGUUAUUGCUAUUACGUGUAAUAUAUGCCUAUCUCCCAGUCUUAGUUCUAUAGUAAAAAACAAUUUAAUGUUUCGAGUAUGGCUAAGGUGUGUUUGUGGUUGGUCAGUUGGUUGAAAGUGCUGUGGUGACUUUAUGGGCCAUGUCUUGAUUUGUAAUUUUCCAACCAUCCCAUUUUCUGUGAAGAUGAUAUUUUCAUGUUCUGUAAUGAACAAAGCGUACUGUACUAAUGUUUCCUAAAAAUAUAAAUUGCAUCACUGUAUUUUCCCUCCAUUUUAUCUACUCAUAAAGGAAAUUUAUAUUUAUUUCAUCUUCUAUGAUUUACACUAGUUUAUAGUUUUUUUAUCAUGAUUCAGUUUCACAUCAGCUGCAACAUUGGGUUGGUGAUGGUGGUGUUUGGUUCGUUUCCCUAUAUUCACAACAACAAAUUAAUUAAAGGCAGGAAUUUAUAAUUCGGUAACCGGAUUGGGAGUGAAGAGAAAUAUUUAGGUAUGUGGUGGGGGAACCGAUACAGGAGGAAACGGCAGGCAGGGGAGAGGUAGAAAUGACGCAGCAUACUUGCACACUUGCGCAAUAGCGUAAUUUAGUUCUCACAUACUUGCAUACUUCCAUAUAUAUAAAAUUUCAGCCAAUUUUCUUACAACUAACAAUAUAAUGAGCAAGAAGUUUCACUUCUGUCACACGUGGACUCAUGCACACAUUUUUUUUUAAUUGGUGGUUUGGGACAGCCAGGAAUGAUCUGGCACGUUACAUUAUCAUUAAUUACAUAACCCAGCCAUUGUCGUUUUUUAAAAUGUUAGCAGUAGUUUAUUAAUUACGUAACAUAUUGUGUGUGUUGAAGCAGACAUUUGUUGCUUAAUGUGAAUGCUCCGUCGUCUGCAGUUAUCCGUGUGGAUAAUUGUUCAUGUGUUUACUUCUGACUGUCACUUCUUGGGAUCUGUUAAUUAAUACCGGACUAUGAUAAUGUUGAUAAGAUUAAAAAUGGUACGUUAUUUACACUUUGUCAUGCAAAUAAAUGGAUACAUAAUCAACAACCAAAAUUAUAGCAAUAAACGCACAAAUAUAUUAUGGCAAGGUAGAUCCCUCGUUAAGUAUGCUGAUAAGUAGGGGGCCAUGCACUUUUUGCAAAAAGAUUUUUAGACCAGCCCACUUGCAAAAGCAUGACUGUGAAACGGGUUUAAUGUCAAAACUAUGUUUUAUGGAAAAAUUUCUAUGUAUUUUAAAGUUUUCUGCUUAUUGCAUGCAUGUAGGCCAAAAUAAGGGCAGUACACAACAUAGCAUCACAACAUAGCAACACAAGCACUGCAUCCAGAGAUGACGUGUCAAGUAUCACUUUUAUAAAGUCCAUUGCGUAUAAGGUUAUGUGAUUUUCAUUAUGAUGUUACUGCCAGUAAUCACCUAUUUUGAUGUUCUCAUACCAUAUAAAUCUUACUUUGGGUUGUUAGAUGUGAAAAUUACCUCUAUUAUAAUUGCAGCUAUCUUUAAAGUGCUCUGUUGUGUUGGAAAUUACAAAUGGUACCUCAAAAAAUAUUUUCACAUAAGUUGCCAAGCAUUUUUAUGGUUGUGUUAGUUUUUAUUAUAAGUUUUCAUGGGAAAUGAUGGGCAUAUCCAGUGUGAUUUUUCCACUUGACAGUUGACUAAUGUGUGAUGCCUCUUCACUGCCUUCCCUUCUGCUGUACUGAAGUACCACCGUUCAUGUUUUAUGGGAAUAAUCCAUUUUUGUUAAUUUCUGUUACACAAUUCAUCCUAUUUUGUCAAUCUUAAGUAAAAUUUAAUAACUGGAGGAUUUUACUCCCAAUUUACUUCUAGUAGAUAAGAGACUAAAAGGACGAUUACUAUGUUUGUAAGGUUUAAUUGAUUCAUUGUGUACUAAAUUAAUAACCGGGUAUUUUUGUUACAGCACAGCCCUGAUCAGAAUAAUGUGUUAAAAGAGUUCGUAUAUAUUAAUUUGUAUAGCCGUCGUAGAGUUGGGAUGAUACCAUACUUUAUAUACUCAAUUCUUGAUGUAGUUUUCAGCUUGGAUGAUAUUUAAACAAGAUAAAAUGAGGUGUGUUAUGAAACAUGCAAAUUUUAAGAAUGUAUAAAAAAACCUCCAGGGUGAUGGGUUUUUUUUCUUAUAGAAAUACAUAUUUUGUUCCACUUGCCACUGGUUGUACAAUACUCUCCUGGUGGUGGUGUAGGCUUUACAUCAGUAGGACUAUGCUGCUCUCCGAGAUACUGGAUUCACAUCAAAUUUGUAUAAAUACGUAAUGUAUUGCUGGAAACUGAAUAUUAAUAGAACAAUGUUUAAUUAAAACUAAUACAGAAAAUUUAACACUUUUUAGACACUUUAAUUGCUGCUUUAAUUGCAAAUGUAAAAAUAAAAAAUAAAGUAUUAUAUUUAUUUAUACUAUCUUCAAAAAUUUAGACUGUUAAUAAAGUAAAGAUAAAAUAACAUUUAGUAUUUCUCCCCCUUUGGCUCUCCCCCCCCCCCCCUUUUAUAAGCAUAUGAUGGGUAUAUGUUGUAGCAACUAGAGGGUAAUGCUAUGCUUAUCUUGGUCACAUAUAGGAUAUUAAUUAUGACUAGUCAUUCAAAGAGAAAAUGUUAUAUGUAGUAGGAAUUUGUUGUCUGUUUGAAAAUAUUGCAAGGCUUUACAAAAUGUUCUCUCAUAAGAUUUAUUCAUGCCUAAAUAACUAGAGUAACUAAGUAGUAAUUAAGUGUGAAGUUAAACACAAAACACAAUCAAAAGUUUUGCUCGUUAUUUUUUUAUUCAUGUUUUCUCAUUUGGCAAGUCUGUAGCUAGCUAGAUGAUUGUCAUCAUGGAAAAUAACUAUAGCAAUAACAGUAGUACCUUAUUUCUAGGGUGCACAUGGUGGUUGUGAGGUUUUUGAAAUGCAUAUUUUAAUAACAAAUUGUAUCUCAUGAUAUUAAACUCUCUAUUAGAUAUAAUAAACUGUUUAAAACUAUUGUUUUGUGUAAGUCGUGUUUUGUAUAGCAAUUCACAUUUCUUGUUAGUUAUAAAAUUUUUACUGUUGUGCAUAUUCACAGAAAUAAAAAAAAAAGCAAUGAAUUGAAGAAAUUGCUGAUAAAUUUUUAAUGAGAAAAACUUUUUUAUUGAACCGUAUUUAUGUUAAAAAUGUUUAAAUUGUACUUAUGCACAUGAAAAAAAAAGGUUGGUGUUAGGCACAUAUUUAAAUACUAGAGGUAAAAGAAGUACUUAUAGUUGCACUAUGUUAAUCACUUCUAAAGUGUUUGUCACACUGUUUUGUUUGCUCAUUGUAAUUAUUUUUGUAUCAUGUAUUAUUGAAUACUUAAUUUUUUUAAAUUUCAAUGAAAAUGGUAUUUAAUAUUAUUAUAUGUUUUAAUUAGUUAGUUAUAUAGACAUACAAGAAUGAGAGUGGUGCAUGUCACAUAUGUAGGUAUGUAUACCUAGUUUUGAGAAAACAGAGAUAUGUUGUGUUUGCUUCCUAUGAUUAGUCAGAAGUGUUAAUAGUUCUGAAGAAAUGUAUACAUUUCAUUAUAUAAUGUUUGUUAAUAAUUUUAUGUUAGUAACACAUUUAAACUUUAUUCAAGGUAUGAAAACAUAAGCCACUGACAAUUUUAAUUUUAACUUACAUUUUAGAUAUUAGUUAUUAUUUAUCACCACCACCAUCCAAGUGACUAUCUCUAUAAUUUUCCAACGCAAUUUACAUAUAAAAUAUAGUUUUUUUUAUCUGUUGGAAAUAAAUACACAUUACUCUGGUCAGAUGAAAACAAUAUAAAAGAAAAUACUUUCUUUCUGUGUAAUACCAAAAUUAUUUCUGAAUACUAAUACACAUAUCAGAAUCUAUCAUGUAUCUAAUUCUGAAGCAUAUUUUGCCAUGACCAUGAAUAAUGACAGACAGAAUUUUCCUAAUUAACGGAACACAUUACUUUUGAAGUGCUGAUAAUAUAAAUGUAAUCCACAAAAUAUGAUUCCCUUGGCAAUUUAUUUUUAAUAUAAAUUGUUUUUGACUUGCAACAUUAUUUAUUAAUUAGAAUACAAAAUGAAAAUUAAGUCAUAAACUUACCUCAAAAAUAUUGAAUUGCACCACUCCCAUUCUGAUGUCUAUAUUGGUAUAAAAAAAAAAUUAUUUUUUCCUCAGUUGGUGAUACACUGUAGCAUGUACUUCAUUUUACUUUUGUCAAUUUUGGCUUUAUUUUAUUUUUCAUUGAACAUUGUAACAGGGAAGACGUUUAUUAAAUCUGUAAAUAAUCUAAGCAAAUAAAUGAUAAAACUCUU